CUGACCCACUCCUCUUUGCACCCUGCAGGUAUGACUCAGGACGGGAUGGGUACAUCGACCUGAUGGAGCUGAAGCUGAUGAUGGAAAAGCUGGGAGCCCCACAGACCCACCUGGGGCUGAAGAACAUGAUCAAGGAGGUGGAUGAAGACUUUGAUGGAAAGCUAUGCUUCCGUGAGUUCCUGCUGCUUUUCCAUAAAGCUGCAGCUGGGGAACUCGAGGAGGACAGCGGCCUGUUGACUCUUGCGAAGCUCUCGGAGAUAGAUGUCUCCAUUGAGGGUGUCAAAGGAGCCAAGAACUUCUUUGAAGCCAAGGUUCAAGCCCUCUCUUCAGCCAGUAAGUUUGAAGCAGAGAUAAAAGCUGAGCAGGAUGAGCGAAAGCGGGAAGAGGAGGAAAGGAAACACCGCCGAGCAGCUUUCAGGGAGUUAAAAUCUGCAUUUACUCAGUAACCGGCCAGCCAAUAUGCACUCUGAGAUUGCACAUGACUUGGUACUUUUCCCAGAUCAGGGCUCUACCUGGAGAGAACUGCCUGAAUCCUGCCUAAAACUCAUUACAGCUUCGCUAGCCUUCCUCUUCUGAAGAUCCUCCUGAGUUUCUAAGGGCACAACUCUUGCAGUUAUUAUGCAUUCAUGAUGACAUGAAUCGUAAGAGCUGUGUACGUGCUCUUUGCUCUGAACUGCCAGGAGCAUGUCACCCUGAAGCAGAAGCAGCAGGUAGCAAAACAUGGGUGAGCACUGACAAGUGUCAUAUUUGCCUGCUUCAUUCUUUCCUUCUUUUCUAUACCUCCUUUUUCCCUUAACCCCUUAUUAUUAAUUAAUUCCUUGCUUACAGGCAAGUAGUCAGGUCUUCUGU